UUUCAAGAGAUCUCGUUUGUGCAUUACCAAAUGUCUGUUCUGCUUUGUGCCUUAAUGAACGCGGCCAUAACGAAUUCAAACUUUAUAAUAAUCAAAAACCUUUAGAAAAAAUAUUUAGAAUUAUUUUUUCAAAUAAAUUUUUACUUUCAAUGCGUAAACGAAAAACUGAAAUUCUUGAAACUGCUCAUAUGCUUGGAACAUCUUUUGAUGAAUUAAUUCGUCACCACCCUGCUUUAAGAAAAGAUGUUAUGGGCAUACUUUCUGAGAUUCUUGAGGAGUUGCUUCAAUCAGCUACUAGCGAAGAUAAAUCUGUUAAUUGGAGUAUGGGAAAGGCUGUAAUUGAAGAUGAUUCUGUUGAGAAUGUUUUGCUAGGUGACUAUAUGGCAAUUAUGGGAGUAAUGAUUGAAACAAUUUUGUCAAAUCGAAAUGUUCAAGACAACAUUCAAACUAUAAAUGAAUUAAACAUUCCAGUUCGUUUAGUUAAAUUGUUGAGCGAGGCUAAGAAACCACAAACGGUUUUACUCAAUUCAAGUUAUCUUCCUAAUUUGGCAAAUAUUUUGUGUUGUAUUUUGGUAUGA